GCGGUCAGUCAGGUGAUGCGGACGACAUCAUGUGAGCGGGACCAGGCAGAGGCCGGAGAGUCGCUCUGUGACCCGGCGGCAGCGAUGGAGACGACGGAACUGAGUGGGCUGGUCCUGGCGCUGGUCUUGGCGCUGCCCUCCGUGGCUCUGGAGAACGGGUUGGCGCGCACUCCCCCCAUGGGCUGGAUGUCCUGGGAGAGGUUCCGCUGCAACGUGGACUGCCAGGAGGAUCCUCGCAACUGCAUCAGCGAGCAGCUCUUCUUCGAGAUGGCAGACCGCCUGGCAGAGGACGGGUGGCGGGAACUGGGCUACGAGUACAUCAACAUGGAUGACUGCUGGUCUGCCAAGCAGCGGGAUGCGGCGGGACAGCUGGUUCCCGAUCCCAAGAGAUUUCCCAGUGGAAUUAAGGCUCUGGCUGACUAUGUCCAUGCCAGGGGCCUGAAGCUGGGCAUUUAUGGUGACCUUGGCAUCUUCACCUGUGGGGGCUACCCAGGCACCAUGUUGGAACAUGUGAAGCAGGAUGCCCAGACCUUUGCAGCGUGGGGUGUGGACAUGCUGAAGUUGGAUGGGUGCUACUCGUCUGCAGAGGAGCAGGCAAAGGGAUACCCAGAAAUGGCAAGGGCUUUGAACGCCACAGGCCGCCCCAUUGUCUACUCUUGCAGCUGGCCAGCAUAUCAAGGGGGUCUUCCCCCCAAGGUGAACUACACCAUCCUGGCAGAGAUCUGCAACCUGUGGCGUAACUAUGAUGACAUCCAGGACUCCUGGGACAGUGUACUUUCCAUCGUGGACUGGUUCUUCACAAACCAGGACGUGCUGCAGCCAGUAGCUGGCCCCGGUCACUGGAAUGACCCAGACAUGCUCAUCAUUGGAAACUUCGGCCUUAGCUAUGAGCAGUCACGCUCCCAAAUGGCUUUGUGGACAGUGAUGGCAGCUCCGCUCCUCAUGUCCACGGAUCUUCGCACCAUCUCCCCCAGUGCCAAGGAGAUCCUGCAGAACCGCCUGAUGAUCCAGAUCAACCAGGACCCCCUGGGAAUCCAGGGGCGCAGGAUUGUCAAGGAGAAAUCCCACAUCGAGGUGUUUCUGCGCCCGCUGUCCCAGGCUGCCAGUGCCCUUGUGUUCUUCAGCCGGAGGACGGAUAUGCCCUUCCGUUACACCACCAGCCUAGCCAAGCUCCACUUCCCUGAGGAUGCUGUGUAUGAGGUACAAGACGUGUACGUCGGGAAGAUCAUCGGGACCUUAAAGACAGCAGACAACUUCUCAGUCAUUAUUAACCCCUCGGGAGUGGUGAUGUGGUAUCUCCGUCCCAUGACACUCCUGGUACAACCCUGGCAUGUUGUCAGACAACAAGCUCUCAGCAAGGAUUUCCGCCCAGCCCAUCUGUGACAGGGCCUAGCGGAUGGGGUGUGGACCAGUGCCAGGGUAAGCCCUGAGACCCAGGGCACAUGGCUCUUCACUGCACCAAGUGCCUUUUGCUGGUGAGCCCAGAAAUGCUAGGCAGUGACCAUCCCCUGGUACCAGCUUGCUAAUGUCUGCUUCAUCUGCUUAAAUCAGGAAUUCCUGUUGCCCACUGAUUAAGGGUGUGGUGAACGUAGUGCCUCGGUGAUUGCAAAGCCUUUUGAGAUCCUGUGGAAGAUGCCAUCCAAGCAGAAUCCAACCACUACUGAAUUUUGUCAGCUCUGACACCUGAGAACUUCAUUGCUUUGAGCUGGGUGCCACUGGCUGCUGCAGGGGCUGUUUGAACUACACCUGUAGAAAGGCUUUGGGUACUUUAGUAUCUCCUAGGGUUGUGACAUCCCCUUUUCCCCCUCCCCCAAGUUAACCUCAAGGAUCAGACUUGGUCACCUUCUUUUUUUUGCUAUAAUCAGCUCGGUUUAGAAUAAGGGACUGUCAACAGCUGCAUCUUUCCCACAUAUCCCCACCAGGACCAAGAGCUCUUGGAGGCAUAAUGGAGGUCCUAUGCAGUGGGGCUUUGCUUGCAGGCCUGAUCCUGUUGCCAAUCCUAGAGGCUACUGCACCCUAGGGUACGUGCUAGCGUUGUAUUAAAGCCCCUCUGGUAGAAGUUUACAGCAGAGCAGAGCAAAAAUCUCCAUGAGCCACGCACGACCCGGGAGCCGUGCUGUGGUAUACGCACCAAAAACCGCAGAGCCAUAGCACAUGGUGUAGGAGUGCAGGCAGAAAGAUGCUGAUGCUCAGUUGAGAUCAUCUUUUGGGUUGGGAGUGGUCACAGGUGCCUCCAAGCUGAAAGUUGCAUCCUUUCUCCAGAAGGAAAUUUCUGCUAAAAGGAGUAUUGGAUCCUACUCCAGCUGAAAAUUCAGGGUGUCUUAGGGAAGGGCUUCUUCUCUCAAGGGCCCUUGCAUCCACAGCUCUAUCCUGAGGAGGAGCCUGCACUAAUAAACUGGAAGUGUCAGGACACUUCUAAAGCCCUCAACUGCUUCAUCUCCAUACAGCAGACUACCUAUGGAGGAGUUCUAGGUGACAUAAGAUUAAGCCUCAGACUGGGGAAAUACAUUUUAGAUUAGGAAAAAAAAAAAAAAAAUCUUAAUUUCUAUUCCGCUGUGGGAGGGUUCCUGGUCAUCUGUCUAUUCUGGUUCCUGAAGGACCAAAUAGUUGAUUCUGGCCCCUUCCAGAAACUUUCUCUGGGGUACAGGGUCAAGGUACUGAACACAAAACUUGCAGUUCUAGUAAGGAAGGACUUUCUAACAAAACAAGGAGCUGGUUUUAUUCCUGGGGAGCGAUUGAGACAAAUUGCUUGAAUAAAGGGAAGUAGAUCACAAACUCUGUCUCAUGUGUUGCUAGCUAUAGCUGUUAAUGCAGGAUUACAUGGUCAUUUCCUCAAAACAGGAACAACUGUGCUAGGAAAUAAAACUGGUUUCCUCUCAGAAACUGAACUGAUGCAGAGUAAGAAAUGGCUUUCCAGUAGUUACAUCAUGUUCAGCGGGCAGCGGCAUUCCUUAGCACAAUGAGAAACAGAUUUUACAGUCUAUAGCCAAGUGCCAUUUUCCUUAUUAUAUAUUUAUUUUUCCAUUGCUAGAAAAAAUUGCUGGUGAGGAGUUUCUUUUAAAGACUUUAAAGGCCUGCCCUCUGGUGUAGUGUACAUAGAAGAGUAGCAUAUGAAUGCAGCUGUAGUGAGUAUCAGUGUGGUGACAUGGCCCCUGCUACAUGCAGUGAUGGGACAUGAACAUGUGCCAGUUCUGGAUCCCUGGGCAUAACCACAGGCACCAGCCUUCCACCCUUCCCAGGCAGCAAAGGGAUAAGCCCCACCUUCUUCACCCCCCAGUUACUUGAUUCCAAGUCCAGCUUAGCCACAUACUAGGGGAGAGAGAUGUACUAACCCACAUGUGACCCCAAGGAACAGCAGUAGUGGUUGUAGCUCAUUCCAGCCUUCUGUGCAAUAUGCAGGAAUUAAGGUCAACACAACACACACAACAGUGAACUGCCAGAUAAAGAUAUCAACACUCCUGUAUUAAAGUGCAAUUCAAAAAGUUACAAA